AUGAAAGAAAAUAAGAAGAUUUUAGCACCUGAUUAUAUUUUAUGUUCAAAAACAACAGAAAAUCGUCUUAUACCAGAAAUAAUCAAAGCUUGGCAAUCAUUCUAUACAGAUAAUCCAAUUAAUUCGGAUUCAUAUUGUCAUAUUGUUAAUGAACGACAUUUUGAACGUGUAAAAAAAUUAAUUGAUACAACAAAAGUUGUUUAUGGUGAAGAAACAGAUGCUAAACAAAAUUAUAUUGCACCAACAAUCAUGACAAAUGUCAAUAUAGCUGGUAAAGUAAUGCAAGAAGAAAUUUUUGGACCAAUUCUUCCAAUAAUAACAGUUAAUAAUGAACAUGAAGCUAUUGAUUUGAUUAAUACUCGACCAAAACCAUUAGCUCUUUAUGUAUUUACAUCAAAUAAAAAUUUAGCUAAUACAAUUAUUAAUUCAACAAGUUCAGGUUCAACUUGUAUUAAUGAUGUUAUCUUUCAAAUAGCUGCACCAUGUUUACCAUUUGGUGGUGUUGGUGAAAGUGGUCUUGGAAAUUAUCAUGGCAAAUAUUCAUUUGAUACAUUUAGUCAUCAUCGUUCAGUUGCUUAUUCACCUACAUGGUCGGAAU